UGUUUUCCAUGAGAGGUCAGAGGUUAUUGGUCCAUGUGAGUGCAGGCAGCCACAUAUUUUGGAUACAAAACUCUUGAUUCUGCCAGAUAAACAGAUAUAUUCCUUAGCCAAAGACCUUUACGCUAUAUGGACGUAAAUGUAAACUAUACCGCGGUCCAAAUGUAAAUUGUCUUUCGUCUUCCAUUGUUUUAAUAAGAGGGGAAUACAACAUGUCAAACUUGGGCUAAAUUUGUAGCAGCAGUACACUGGGAUGCUUCGGUGAUGUAUAAAGAUACAAGAUUUGAAACUGCCAAGUGAACGUGUUUUGAUGUGUCGACAACGAGUCAGAUGAUUUGAUUGCGUUGACUAGUAUCAUUUAGUGCGAGAAAUGGUCUGAAAGCGUCUCAUAAUGUCAGCCCAUUAAAAUCAGAUCAGUGCAGACUCAUAGCAUGCAAAGUCUGAUCCAGCUGCUUCAUGUUUUACCAAGCCCACGAGUUGUAUUGCAAGGACCGAAAGUCAGAGGGGUUGUUUUCCAGUUCAAAAGUUGUUGGCGUGGUUUUUAUUCUUCCGCCGAGAUGAAGAGAUCAGCAGAGGACAACAACGGAGCAACUGGUGAGGUGGAGCAUUUAGAUAAGAAAUUGAAAGAUGACGGGGACCAAAGUCAGGCAGAGAAAGAGAAACGGCUCCCGAAGAAGAAGGUGGCAUUACUAAUGGCCUACUCCGGAAAGGGAUAUUAUGGGAUGCAAAGAAAUCCUGGCAACGACCAGUUCAAAACCAUCGAGGAUGAGCUUGUGACGGCUCUAUUGAACGCAGGCUGCAUCCCAGAGAACCACAAAGAUGACAUGAAGAAGAUGUCCUUCCAGAGAUGCGCGAGAACUGAUAAGGGUGUCUCGGCUGCUGGCCAGGUGGUGUCUCUCAAGCUGUGGAUGAUCGACAACCUCUUGGACAAGAUCAACGCUGAACUGCCUGCACACGUCAGAGUGCUUGGUAUGAAGAGAGUGACUGGCGGCUUCAACUCCAAGAACAACUGUGACGCCCGCACGUACGCCUACAUGCUGCCCACGGUAGCCUUCUCCCCUCGGGAGCGUGACCAGGAGGACGCCUCCUUCCGCCUGGAGCCCGCCACGCUGGCCUGGGUCAACCGCCUCUUCGCCCGCUACAAGGGCACACACAACUUCCACAACUUCACGUCGCAGAAGGGCCCCCGCGACCCCAGCGCCAAGCGCUACGUCACGCACAUGUCGUGCGGCGAGCCGUUCGUGCGGCAGGACGCGGAGUUCGCCGUCAUCACGGUGCGCGGCCAGAGCUUCAUGAUGCACCAGAUACGGAAGAUGAUUGGCCUGGUGAUCGCCGUUGCCAAGGGUUACGCCAAGGAGGACGUGAUGGAGCGCAGCUGGGGAGAGGAGAAGGUGGACGUGCCCAAGGCGCCCGGCCUGGGGCUCGUACUGGAGAGGGUGCACUUUGACCGCUACAACAAGCGUUUUGGCAGCGAUGGGCUGCACGAGACGCUGGAGUGGACGGAUGAGGAGGAGGCCAUCGCGGCCUUCAAGGAGUCCCACAUCUACCCCACCAUCGUCCAGACGGAGAGGGAGGAGAAGUCCAUGGUCAGCUGGAUGGCCACGCUGGACAUUCACGACUUCGAGGGAACCGCCUCGGGAAAACAGGACAAGAAACCCGGAGAACAGGAUGACGACGAUGGAAAUGGAUCAGAUUAAUUUUCAACUAUCAUGGAAUUUAGUUUUUCACCUUUUGUUUUAAUUCAUAAUGAUCCCAAGUGAACUGAUUUGUUUUGAAUAAAUUCUUUGUUUUACUCUGA